CAACCUAAAAGAGCGCCAGCUCCCGCUGAACCUGGCGAGCGGGCGUGUUAACAUAAGGAACGAGCAAUGUCCAGUCAUGGGCUGCACCUACAAGAGCACCAGGCUGGACCAACACCUCAGGUGCUGCCACUCGGAGCUCAGCAGUGAUCAGGUCCAGCAGCAACUGCGGUGGGCCCGGAGAACCACCACAAUAGGCCUCUUGAAGCAGCUCCGGGAAACGAACCCAGCAGUGCCUCUGGCCUCUACUCUGGACCUGGUGGAGGAGGACUACUUAGAUGAGGUGCCUCUAGAGUUGGAAGAGGAGCCCCUCUGCCAGAACCCAGAGUGUAAGAAAAUGCGAAGCAAGGUAGUUGCCCUGCAGGAAGAGCUACGAAAGCUCAGUGAUGCUUACCACAGGCAGAGCAAACUAUUGCGCCGGGUUUCCAAGGUUAGUGAGUGAGUGAGUGCGUGAGUGAAUUAAAUUGCCUGACACUACUGACAAAGUUACACGAUUAAGCUUUUUCUUUCUGUGUUUUUUCAGGGCAAAAGAGUUGGCAGAGGAGAGCAGCAAGUGGAGGAGGGGGAUGAGGGGGAGCAGCAAGUGGAGCAAGAGGAGGAGCAGCCAGGCCCUUCACAUGUGCCUGCCCCAGUGGCAGAGCCAUCGAGGGAGAGAGGGCCAGAGGUACCUGGCAGCGUGGAGGCAGGCCGGUCCAAAGCUGCAAAAAGGCUAUUUAUGGGGACCGGCAAAGGCUCCUUCCUCCGCCACAUCAAAUUCCCGGAGUCGAUCGAAUCCUACCUGAAAAAGUACCAGGCGUUCAGGGAGGGCAGCUUGCCAAACAAGAAACACCGGGAGAAUGUGAUCUCCCAGGUGAGCCGCAUCAGGUCGUUUUUGGCCUACCUGGCCAGCAAUGACCUGAAAAGGGCAACCUGGCACUUCCUGGACAACACGGAGCAGAUCCUCCAAUGGCCCGAGAUCCUGUGCGCCUCAGGCAAAACCAUUACGACUUCGAAUUUCUACCUGAGGGAUGUCCACCAGUUCAUGCAGUACUUCAGAGAGACCCCCCCGAAGUUGGCCCGCCUUUCCCAGAGCCAGAUUGUGGGUGUGGUCCGGGCUGUGAAGCAGGCUAUGAAAAGUAUCAGCAAGCAGAUGUUGGCCCACCAGCUAAAAACAAAGGACAGGAAAUUGUCCAAGGUGGUGUCCCAGCAGUUGCUGAGGCGGUGCCAGCAAUCUGCUCGGGCUAAGAUUCCCAAGCUGCUGAACUUGCUGCAGGAGGACUACACAGUCCACCUUAGAAACGCUUUCUACAGGUAUUUCAGCGCAUACGUGGCUUCCAUCUACGGGCACCGCACAGGCGUCUUUAAAAACAUGACA